CUCUCUCUCCAUCUCUGUUGCCGUAGCGAUCUCCUCUCUCUCCCUCAGACCGAGCAGCAUAACACACGGACGGAUAGACCUGGCCUUUAUCACUAUAAAGAUGGAUCCACCGUGGAAUAUCCAGAGGUACUACUAUCACCACAACAACCAGGCAACACAGACAAUGAGUUUCCAUUCCUGAGGUGAAUCCGUCCAGAGUUACUGCGGUCCUGAGGUGUAUCCGUCCAGAGUUACUGCAGUCCUGAGGUGAAUCCGUCCAGAGUUACUGCGGUCCUGAGGUGAAUCCGUCCAGAGUUACUGCAGUCCUGAGGUGAAUCCGUCCAGAGUUACUGCGGUCCUGAGGUGUAUCCGUCCAGAGUUACUGCGGUCCUGAGGUGAAUCCGUCCAGAGUUACUGCGGUCCUGAGGUGAAUCCGUCCAGAGUUACUGCAGUCCUGAGGUGAACCCGUCCAGAUUUACUGCAGUCCCUCCUUUAGCUGCAGUAAAAGGGGUGUGUCUGUUUGUCUGGCCCCUCCCCCUGACUGCAGAAAGGGGUGUGUCUGUGCGCCGGUGUACAGAAAGGGGUGUGGACUGGCCUGAUGGAGGCGGGACAUCCGUCACCUGACAGCAGUAAUGAGGAGUGUACAGUACUGGAGAAUCUAUCGGGACUGGCCUGUCACACACACACUGGCAAGGUGACGGAGCUGUACUGUUCAGGGUGUGAGGUGUGUGUGUGUGAGGUGUGUGCGUUGGGGGAGCAUGCAGACCACCCCACGGGACCGUUAUUAGCAGCUCUGGGGACACACAGAGACGGCCUGCAGGAGAGACUGACUGCUGCACAGAACAGACUGCCUCAGAUCUCGGAGGCCCUGGUGUCUCUGAGAGAGAUCCUACAGCAGCUGACCAAUCAGAGAGCUUUGAUCGAGGAGGACAUCCACGUCAGCUUCGAAGAGCUCCACAAGACCCUGGACGUCAGGAAGAGUGUCCUACUGAUGGAGCUAGAGGUCACCUACGGACUGAAACAGAAGGUCUUGCAGGCCCAGCUGGACACCUUACUCCAUGGCCAGGGGGGUAUCGUUGACACAUGUACCCAGACAGAGAAGGCCCUGAGCGUGGAGGCCCGCGCCGCGAGCCUGCAGGCUGAGAGAGGCCUUGGGGAGAGGCUGAGGGAUCUGGCCAGCCAAGGACUACCGUUCCAGGCUGAGGAGAACGAUCAGCUGGAUUUACUGAUGGAGACAGAGGGGCUGAGAAAGUCUAUCCACAAACUGGGGACUAUCAUCACUACCAGCGCGGUGGCGAGCCAGAGUGAGGCGUCGGGUGUGGGACUGGAGCAGUGCAUCGUGGGUCUCCCAGCCUGCGUAACCAUAAUGACCAGAGACAAGGCCGGCGGACCAUGCAGGAGCGGCAAUGCCAUCCUGUCUGCUGAGGUGUGUACUCCAGAUGGCAGCGUGGCGGACGGAGAGAUACUCGACUAUAAGAACGGAACAUAUGAUUUUGUUUACACUGUAAACAAGGAAGGAGAGUUUUCAUUGGCUCUCCGGCUCUAUGACCAACACAUCAAAGGAAGUCCCUUCAGACUCAGAGUUACCAGGUCCCCUGACCCUGAGGAGUCUCCUCCCACCACCACCGCCACCUCUCUGACGGCCACCGCCACCCCGUCUACAGGCUCCUCUGAGGGGGCUAAGCGGAGAGGAAAGUCCCCUGGGAGUAAGAAGAAGGGGUCCAGGAGGACAGGCAGUGCCCUGGGAACACCCAGACGCAAAGAGAAUCCCAUCGAAGAUGAUCUUAUCUUCAGGAUCGGUACUAAGGGGAGAAAUAAAGGAGAGUUUACUAACCUGCAGGGUGUAUCGGCGUCCUCCAAUGGCAGGAUUCUAAUAGCAGACAGCAAUAACCAGUGUGUCCAGAUCUUCUCUAAUGAGGGGGAAUUUAACAGUCGUUUUGGGGUGAGGGGUCGGUCGCCAGGUCAACUCCAACGACCAACGGGUGUGGCUGUUCACCCCAACGGUGACAUCAUCAUCGCCGACUACGACAACAAGUGGGUCAGCAUCUUCUCCAGCGAGGGCAAAUACAAGGCCAAGCUGGGCUCUGGUAGGCUAAUGGGACCGAAGGGCGUGUCAGUGGAUCAGAACGGUCAUGUGAUCGUCGUUGACAACAAGGCAUGCACCGUCUUCAUCUUCCAGCCAACCGGCAAGCUCGUUUCUAAAUUCGGUAGCCGCGGCAACGGAGACAAACAGUUUGCAGGUCCUCAUUUUGCAGCCGUCAACAACAACAAUGAGAUCAUAGUGACAGACUUUCACAACCACUCUGUCAAGGUGUUCACCCCAGAGGGAGAGCUGCUGUUGAAGUUUGGAUCUAACGGAGAGGGCAACGGUCAAUUUAAUGCUCCUACAGGUGUGGCCGUUGAUGUGAACGGGAACAUCAUUGUAGCCGACUGGGGCAACAGCCGCAUACAGGUGUUUGACGGUAGUGGCUCCUUCCUGUCCUAUAUCAACACAUCAGCUGACCCUCUCUACGGACCUCAGGGUCUGGCUCUCACCUCUGAUGGACACGUGGUGGUGGCCGACUCUGGGAACCACUGCUUCAAGGUCUACAGAUACCUACAGUAAUAGAGGGAGUGAGAAGAGUGAUGGAGAGAUGGAUGGACAGAACCACUGUUUCAAGGUCUACAGAUACCUACAGUAAUAGAGGGAGUGAGAAGAGAGAUGGAGAGAUGGAUGGACAGAACCACUGUUUCAAGGUCUACAGAUACCUACAGUAAUAGAGGCAGUGAGAAGAGAGAUGGAGAGAUGGAUGGACAGAACCACUGUUUCAAGGUCUACAGAUACCUACAGUAAUAGAGGGAGGGAGGUAUGGGAGAAUGGAUGGAGGGAGAAGAGAGAUGGAGAGAUGGAUGGACAGAAUCACCGUUUCAAGGUCUACCACUUCCUGGUGUGAACUUAAAUGACGACCAAUCAAAUCUGCUCUUCUCUUUGCACUGACGACACGUCACUCAUCUGCCUUACUAUUGGCCAGAGCUGCACAGUGAGAGCAUUGGUCCUGAGACCUAGCUCUCGGCUUGCCAAAAUGGUGUCACAGCUCCCCAUCCCACCGUGGAAACCUGUUAAUCUGACUCAAUAUCAAACUAAUCUCAACCUGUUAAUCUGACUCAAUAUCAAACUAAUCUCAACCUGUUAAUCUGACUCAAUAUCAAACUAAUCUCAACCUGUUAAUCUGUUCUUAAACCUAUGGAGUCUACAGAACAAUAUUAAAUUGUACGUAUGGGUUCUAGAGAACGAUACAAAUUGUUCGUAUGGGUUCUAAAGAACGAUACAAAUUGUUCGUAUGGUUUCUAAAGUACGAUACAAAUUGUUCAUAUGGGUUCUAAAGAACGAUACAAAUUGUUCAUAUGGGUUCUAGAGAACGAUAUUGAUAAAUGUACGUUCUAUAGAAUAAUAAUAUUUAUGGUUCGUUCGAGGAUCGUUGUGUGCAAAAUCAAUAAGGAAUGCUCAGUAAUGUUCAAGAACGUGGCUAUGGUUAUUCUAACACUCCACAGAUAUAUUAAUAAAUCAAUCAAUUCAUUCAUUGUUGAUGAUUGGUUGACUUGAUUGAUUGAGCUAAAAGGCAACUUGUGACUUUACACUUGGAUGAGGUAUUUAUUCAACCAGUACAAUUUUUCAGAAGAAAAUAAAAUACUGGGUGCUUUCCAAAUCGCUUCCCUAUGUAGUGCACUACGUAGGGAACAAAGUGCUAUUUGGGAGACGGACACAGUUGAAAGAUAACAUGGAAGAGUAUAUAUAUUUGGGACUUAUCCUUAUUAUUAAUACCGAUCAAUAACCAUUUGCAAACUAACUCUCAUCAAUGCUGUUUCUCACCCCCUCAUUAGAAAA